GUCCGGGAGCAGACGAAACUCCCCAUGUUGCUACACUACAUGGGCGCGGAAACGUACGACGUAGUUUCCGAUAAGUUGGCACCUGCUAAGCCUAAGGACCAGGCAUACGCCGCCAUUGUUAAAAUACUUGAAGAACACUUUAACCCCGAGCCGCUGGAAAUAGUGGAAUGUGUAAAAUUCUUGUUUCGGAGGCAAUGUGCUGAAAGAGAAGACGAAACAAUAAAUGAGUUUCUAGUAGCCCUCCGAAAAUUAGCCAUGACGUGUAAUUUUGGUGAUUAUUUGAAUAACGCACUCCGAAACCAGCUAGUAAUCGGAUUAAAAAGUGAUGCUAUACGUGCGCGUCUCCUAGAAGUUCGAGGCCUAACGCUAGAAAAGGCUCGAGAUAUUGCUGUGUCGAUGGAAUUGUCGGUAAAAGGGGGUUACGAAAUCCGAUCACUCCAGUGCAAAUCGGAAGUGAGCUUGGUAGAGCAUCAAUAUGCGAAAAGUGCCAGUGCUAGAUCAAGAAUCGCCAAACCUGGAACAAGUACGUCGGACAUGAAGAGAAAUGGCUGUUACCGCUGCGGAAAUGCGCAGCAUUAUGCUGAUAAAUGCCCUUACUUGAAUAGCUUCUGUCGGCAUUGUGGUCGUCGCGGCCAUUUGCAGAAAGUGUGCUUACAAAAAAACGCGAACAAAAGUGACACCAACCAAUUGGAGGAGAGCAGAAGAGAGAACGCGAGAGAAGAUGUACAAGCAGAAGAAAUAUGUGGGGUUUACAGUGCUGCCGAUUUCCGGUGUAAAGUCGGCAAAUUCUGGCUACAUCUGUCAAUUGAAGGAGUAAAAACGGAAUUCGAAAUUGACAGCGGCUCUCCGGUGAGCAUCAUUAGUGUUCACGAUCAACAACAGCUGUUUCCCACAAUGCGUUUGCAGCAACCCGAUCUCGAGCUAGUGAGCUACAGUGGAAAUGCGAUCGAACUGUGUGGUAUGAGUGCCGUUCGCGUAGAAUACGAGAAUAAAAAACACGAUUUGCUGUUGUACAUUGCGAAGAAUCGAAAACAUCCGCUGUUGGGCCGCAGCUGGAUGAAAGUGUUGAAACUAAAGCUAGAAAAGUUCUACGAUUGUGUGGGUGCAAUUUCGGAGACGGGACACACAUCCAAAAAUGCAACAGAUGCUGUAAAAGUGUUGAUAACACGGUAUGCAAAUAUUUUCGAGAAGUCAAUGGGCAAAAUUACGGGCCUUUUGGCGAAAUUGAAGUUGAAACCAAAUACGCAACCGGUGUACAUAAAAGCCCGACCAAUACCAUUUUCCAUAAAAAGUGCAGUUGAAGAGAAAAUAAAAAAAUUAGUGGAAGCGGGCGUUCUGAUUAAAGUAAAUCAUAGUGAGUGGGCCACACCAGUGGUCCCAGUGAAAAAGUUGAACAACAAAGUGAGAUUGUGUGGGGAUUACAAGCUGUCGGUAAACCCAAGCAUCCUGGUGGAUGACCAUCCCUUGCCUACUGUCGAAGAGUUGUUCGCAAAUGUUGCUGGGGGAGAUAAGUUCUCUAAAAUAGAUCUUUCCCAAGCAUAUUUGCAGCUUGAAGUAGAGCCGAAGGACCAGGAGAUCCUUACUUUAAGCACGCAUUUGGGGUUGUACCAACCGACAAGAAUGAUGUAUGGUAUCAGUUCGGCACCAGCAAUUUGGCAGCGGCUGAUUGAAGAAGUGCUGAAUGGGAUUGAAGGAGUCACUGUGUUCAUCGAUGACAUUCGUGUUACGGGGCCAAAUGAUGAAAUGCAUCUGCGACGUCUGGAAGAAGUGUUUAGACGAUUAAGUGAAUACAAUAUGCGAGUGAACCUUGAAAAGUGCCAGUUUUUUGCAAACCGCAUAGAAUACUGCGGCUACAUGAUAGAUCGUGAUGGUAUACAUAAAGUGCAGAAGAAAAUAGACGCUGUCCAGAACAUGCCUGUGCCACAGAAUAAAGACCAAGUGCGCUCAUUUGUGGGACUAGUAAAUUACUAUGGACGAUUUUUCCCACAUCUGAGCACCACGAUCUAUCCGCUGAACUGUCUAUUGCGCAACGAUGUACAUUUUCAAUGGACCAAAAAGUGUGAAGAAGCGUUUCGAAAAGUGAAAGAAGAGAUGCAGUCAGAUCGGUUUUUGGUACAUUAUAAUCCUGGAUUGCCGUUGGUACUUGCUACGGAUGCAUCACCCUACGGAGUCGGUGCCGUUUUAAGCCAUAUCUUUCCCGAUGGUACAGAGCGGCCGAUUCAAUACGCAUCACAGACUUUAAACGAAACGCAGAGGAGGUACAAGCAGGUUGACCGCGAAGCAUAUGCUAUCGUUUUUGGAAUACAUCACUGCAAUGCUGACGCUUUUUCAAGAUUGCCUGUCAGUACAAAGGCUCCAGAUAACGUCGUCGAGGAGGUAGAUCUGGUGGAAGUGGACAUAAUCGAAACACUUCCGCUAACGGUUGACGAUCUUUGUAAAGCGACUGCAAAAGAUGGUUCCGUCAAAGUGCUUAUACAAGGAUUGAAGAACGGUAAAAUAGUAGAAGCUAAAGACAGGUUCGGGAUUUCCCAAGAAGAAUUCAACCUACAGCAAGGAUGCAUUAUGCGAGGAAUUCGUGUAUACAUACCGUCUAGUUUGAGAGAACAGGUUCUCUCGGAACUACAUUCAACACAUUUUGGGAGUACUCGAUUGAAGACGCUCGCGAGGGGAUACGUCUGGUGGGAGCGCAUUGAUAAGGACAUCGAAGACAUGGUACGAAAUUGUGCAUCGUGUCAACUUACUCGCCCCGAUCCCGUUAAAGCGCCGUUGCAUUGUUGGGAGCAACCUAAUCAACCGUUUGAAAGGGUACACGUCGACUUUGCAGGGCCUUUCCUUGGCAGUUACUUUAUAGUGUUCGUGGACGCGUUUACAAAAUGGCCUGAGGUCAAAAUAUUGCGUGACAUAACAACAAAUACAACCAUUCACGCCUGUAGAGAGUUUUUUGCGACUUUUGGAAUACCGUCGGUACUAGUCAGUGAUCACGGAGUACAAUUUAAGUCAGCCGAUUUUCAGAGUUUUCUGAAACUUAACGGUAUCUUUCAUAAGAUGGGAGCCCCGUACCAUCCAGCGACAAAUGGCCAGGCUGAACGCUUCAUUCAAACCCUGAAAGGGAAAAUGAAAGCGCUAAAUUGCGACAAAUCUAGAAUGCACACGGAACUUUGUCAAAUUCUGCUGAGCUACAGGAAAACCAUACACCCUGCAACAGGAAAAUCGCCGUCCAUGAUGGUCUUCAAUCGUCAAAUACGUUCAAGGUUAGAUUUGAUGAUACCUGAUCCUAAGGCAAAAACCAACGAUCCAGAAAUCAAGAUACGAUCAAUUCCUGAAGGGGCGAGAGUUGCUGCUCGUGACUAUUUGGAUCGAACCAAAUGGAAGUACGGUCACGUUAUUGAAAAACUGGGCAAACUUCAUUACAACGUACAACUGGACGACAACAGAACCUGGAAACGACAUAUUGACCAACUGCGAGAAGUUGGAGCAAACUUAGGAAAGCCGGCUCAAACAUCUCAAGAGUUUCCGGAGCAUUUCGAUCCGAUUCCUACAAAAACAGCUUCGGAAAGAAAUGACGCCGUAGAAGAGUCAAGGGUUGAGUUAUCGACGGAAAACCUUUCGACUACCGCUUCGGGUGAUAUUCAGGAGCCGUCCAAUGCAGUCACUAUGGACUCCCCUGCUAUCGACCAACCAUUACUCAGGAGAUCCACUCGGAUUGGUCAACAACUCCAAAGGCUUAACCUGUAGGUACACAAUAUCUAAGGGGGGAAGAGCUGUCAUAUAUCCACACAUACAAAAUACAACAUUCACACCACCUGAUGUAUACACUACACAUUGACGACUUUGGGGCUCUAGCUUUCCCUCCAUUAUACUUGAUUGUCACUACGAUAAUAGUUACGGAACAGAAAACACGUGCGAAUUAUAAGUUCUCGAUAAGUUAGAAA